CUCAGCGGGAAGUGGAGACGUAAGCAGCUUGAUCUCUGGGAACUGUGGUAAAGAUACAACUUAUCCAGGCAGAGAAGGUGAGGACGACGUCUACGUCUGUCCCGGCCAGUGUUGGUUCCCUGUAGCCUGUGAAGAUGGUGUUGUUAACGAUGAUCGCCCGAGUGGCGGAUGGGCUCCCGCUGGCCGCCUCUAUGCAGGAGGACGAACAGUCUGGCCGAGACCUUCAGCAGUACCAGAGUCAGGCUAAGCAACUCUUUCGAAAGCUGAAUGAACAGUCCCCCACCAGAUGUACCUUGGAAGCAGGAGCCAUGACUUUUCACUACAUUAUUGAGCAGGGGGUGUGUUACUUGGUUUUGUGUGAAGCUGCCUUCCCGAAGAAGUUGGCUUUUGCCUACCUAGAAGAUUUGCACUCAGAGUUCGAUGAACAGCAUGGGAAGAAGGUGCCCACUGUGUCUAGACCUUAUUCCUUUAUUGAGUUUGAUACCUAUAUUCAGAAAACCAAAAAGCUGUACAUCGACAGUCGUGCUCGGAGAAACCUAGGCUCCAUCAACACUGAAUUGCAAGAUGUGCAGAGAAUCAUGGUAGCCAAUAUUGAAGAAGUGUUACAGCGGGGAGAAGCACUCUCAGCAUUGGAUUCAAAGGCUAACAAUUUGUCCAGUCUGUCCAAGAAAUACCGCCAGGAUGCGAAGUACUUGAACAUGCGUUCCACUUAUGCCAAACUUGCAGCAGUAGCUGUAUUUUUCAUCAUGUUAAUAGUGUAUGUGCGAUUCUGGUGGCUGUGAACUAGUGAAUCCAGUCACUGAAAAGGAUAACCUAGAACCCAACAGGUGUAUGUUUUCAGGAAGCUGAGCUCACAGGGAUGUGUAUUAGAAUCCAAGUGGAACUUCUGCCUCUAAAGACCUUGCAAGAAAAGACGUGUCCUGAAAAUGAAAGGUCACACCUCAUUUUAAUGAAGCUUAACCCUAUGUAGAAAGUCUCUUUUGGGGACAGAGGCUUUCUCUGGGUGCUAAGCCAUGGAUGUUAUUAGGGAUCAGUAGAUUGUUUUAUUUUGUUGUUUCCCUCCCAGUGUUUUACAUUUUUUAAAUAGCGCUGACUGAGGCAUUCUCAUUCUCAAAUGAAGCCAUCAGUGAGAUUUGGUUUAACCAACCUGUACUGGCAACAUUCUGAAUUCCUUCAGAAAAAGCAGCCCUAUGGGAAGUUUUUGACUCUAAUCAACAUUCCUUUUGUUGGUGACAUUUGUGAUUUUCUAUAAUCUGAGUUUUUGAUGGCCCUUCAGACAAAACUCCAAUAUGUGAAGGUUAAUUGCUGUGCUGCAUAGAUCUUGUCUGUUGGCCCCUGUAGGAAGUUAACCCUUGUUGUUUUCUUUUUAUGAUAUUUUGCUUAUUGCACAAUUGCUUUAGGGUUAAAUGAAUCUCAUUACGAUGCCUUGAAAUUAUAUUAUAGCACUCCUUAAUUAAGAAGCUAAAUUGUUCUGUCAUUUGCUCCUUAAACAAAAUACCUAAAUUAGUUUGGGGAACUUUUUAUUUUAUUUUUCAGCAUCUGGUUUAUAUUAAUAUAAGAGAGAAUAUAGCAUAUGGAUGGCCAGAGGUCCCUGACUUAAUGAGAAGAAAGGUCCAACUUAUAACUAUAGCUUUGUCUUGCCCCUUCAUCCUUUCCCCACUGUUGUUUUCCCACUCUUUAUUUUCCUCUUUCACAGUUUGCUAACAUUUAAAAAAUUCCCCUGUGCCCAAUAGUUUCGUGCCCCAUAAACAUCUUCCAGGAUAUUAUCAAAUUUCAAAAUGGAAACUGUUUAGCUGUGUAGUGAAUUAAAUUUAAAAUUUUUGCAGAGCAACCACUCAAACUACUAAAUACAUUUAUCUGAGAAAAGUCUCUGCAAACUCCUCAUUCCUGUUUCAGUUUGUAUAAAUUCUCUGGGUAUGUUCUAAAAAUAGAUAACUCGUUUACAAUGGCUUCUAUUAACUAAUAAAAGUACCUAUGAUUUUUUUCCUAUUUUUGCUCAGGGAUGAUAGGGAUUUCCUUUUACCUUCUGAGGUGGAAUUUUUUUUAAAUUGGGAGAAUAGGCCUUUUAAAUAUUUUCACAAAGGUCUACAAUAUAACCUGUAAUUCUUAGAUGUACUGCAAAUAUUUCUUUUCCUUACCCAGGAAAAUGAGCCAAAUUCUUAUUUCUCAACAUCUUUGGUAAGCAAUUUUCUAACUCUAAGGGAUCAUCAAAACUACCAUCCUAAUUCAUGGUAGAGAAAAAAAAUCUUAUUUCCUUAUAACAAGAUUAUUUACAGAACUAGAAUAAAAAAAAAAAAGAUUCCCCAUUUUGGGCCUAAAUCAGCCAAUUGGAGCUUUGUGCAUGAAAUAUAAAGUUACUUUUUAGAGAGAAUAAGUGCUUUUAAGACCCAGAAAGGCUCAUCCCUGAGUAAUGAUGUUGGUAAUAAAAGCCUUUGAAAGACUGACAACCUAAGUAGUGGUACCAUAGCAUUUGGUGCUUCUUCUAGAGUGGAGAGUGGCAGCUCGUCGUUGAGAGUUGCAUGCUGCAACCUGAUGGUCAGCAAUGAAAUAAAUACUUCUAGAAUGUU